CUUGAGAAGGACACCCAAAACUGAACAAGAUGGGUCAACAUGUCGUCGUCCUCGUCAACGGAUUCGCUUGUGCCUCUUAAUACUCAAUCUCGGUGACCUUGAGCCUAUCAAGAUGACGACGGUUUUAGCUCGGGUGAUAACUGGGCAGUGUCGGCUCACCUUGCUGCCCCGCCCUUCACGGUGCCUCCCUCAUCAUUUCACGGCCCGACGCAGUGCCUUCUUGCCCAAGAAAGCGCCGCUCUCCGCUCCCGCGUCUCGCCCUCGUGCCUUGGGUCUGCUCCGACAGUGGGUGCGGCAAUGCUUUCACGGCACGGGCACCGGGCUGUCGGGCACGAGUAUUCCUCAGCGGUCGGGCAAGGUCACGGGCCGGGACAUCUUGAAGGCCAUGUAUGCCAAUGUCUGGCCCAAAGACCAAAUCGAGAUCAGGAGGCGGGUGGUGUUAGCCUUGGGCUUGCUGAUCGGGGCCAAGUUGUUGAACAUCUCCGUGCCUUUCAUUUUUAAACACGCGAUUGAUCAUUUGAAUACCGUAACCAAUGGCGCCUUGAAUUUGGACACGGCUGAAGGCACCAUUACCACCGUGGCCUUGGCCUUGAUUUUGGGCUACGGAAUGGCUCGGGCGGGAUCAGCCUUCUGUAAUGAGAUGCGCAAUGCGGUUUUUGCCAAGGUGGCGCAACACAGUAUUCGGAAAAUCGCGCAAAAUGUGUUCAAGCACUUGCAUCGCUUGGACUUGCAGUACCAUCUGGGUCGUCGAACGGGUGCCUUGUCCAAGACGAUUGAUCGCGGAUCUCGUGGGAUUGCCAGUGUGUUGAAUGCCAUAGUGUUCAAUAUCUUUCCUACCAUCCUGGAGUUGAGUUUGGUGUGCGGCAUUUUGUCUUGGAAAUGUGGGCCGCAAUUCUCGUUGGUGGCCUUGGCUUCGGUGGGGAUGUAUGCGGUUUUUACGCUGAGUGUGACCUCGUGGCGAACCCAAUUCCGGCUCAAAAUGAAUCGGGCGGACAAUGAUGCGGGCAAUCGAGCCAUUGAUUCACUCAUCAACUAUGAGACGGUGAAAUAUUUCAAUAAUGAGGCCUAUGAGGCCGAGGAGUAUGACAAGCAUCUGGCCGUGUUUGAGAAGGCUUCGCUCAAAACCAGCGAGAGCUUGGCCAUGCUCAAUUUUGGACAGAACCUCAUCUUCAGCUCAGCCUUGACUACGAUCAUGUUAUUGGCAGCCCGCGAAAUCUCGGCCGGAAAUAUGACGGUGGGCGACUUGGUCAUGGUCAAUGGCCUCCUGUUCCAGCUGUCAGUGCCGCUGAAUUUCCUCGGAUCCAUGUAUCGUGAGAUGCGUUUGGCCCUAACUGAUAUGGAGGUCAUGUUCGAGUUGCUGAAGAUGGAACCUCAAGUCCAAAAUAAACCUGGCGCUUCCGCGGUUUCAAUAACAGCUCAAAACGCGUCCAUAACAUUUGAAGACAUUCAGUUUCAAUAUCAAACGGGGAAAACUAUCCUUGACCGGCUUAGUCUGACCGUGGAGCCGGGUAAACGAGUCGCCAUUGUGGGCGGGUCAGGUUCGGGAAAAUCGACCAUCAUCCGCUUGCUCUACCGUUUCUUCGAGCCUAAUCAGGGACACGUGUCAGUCGCUGGUCAAAAUAUCCAAGAUAUGGACUUGGACAGCUUGAGGCGAAUCAUUGCGGUGGUGCCUCAAGACUCGGUGCUUUUCCAUAAUACCAUCCGACAUAAUAUCGCAUACGGGAAUUUGGAUGCAAGUGAUGAUCAAGUGAUGGAAGCGGCUAAGAUGGCCGAAAUUCACCACUCCAUCCUUAAUUGGCCCAACGGUUACGAAACCCAAGUUGGAGAGCGAGGUCUGAAGCUCUCCGGGGGUGAAAAGCAACGAGUGGCUAUCGCCAGAGCCAUUCUGAAGGACACGCCUAUCUUGGUGUUUGACGAAGCUACCUCAUCUUUGGACUCUAUCACCGAGAAUAGCAUAUUGAAGGCCUUGGAUAAGGCCACGAAAGGGCGGACUUCAAUCAUCAUUGCUCAUCGGCUUUCGACCGUGGUCAAUUGCGACGAAAUCUUUGUCCUUCACCAAGGUAGAGUGGUGGAAAAAGGAACUCAUAGGACGCUGUUGAGUCAACCCAACUCCAUGUAUAGAAAUCUGUGGGAUUCUCAGCAUGCGGUACUGACGGACAAUGACAGUAUCAUUCCUGAUAGACAAGGAUAACUUCAAAAAAUCCUCACUCUCUCGUUGGUCAAAUGGUGAAAUAUAUUUAUAUCAAACGA